AUGACACCAUCCAUGUUGUGUGUUUUAACAGAUUGUAUGAUUAGAAUAUAUGACACAAGUAGAGAGGAUUUCAAGUUGAUGAAGGUUGUGGCAGCUCGGGAUGUAGGAUGGAGUGUGUUAGAUAUAGCCAUCAGCCCAAAUGGUCAACAGUUUGUCUACUCAAGUUGGUCUGAAUACAUUCACAUAUGUGACAUAUACGGAAAACAAGAUAACCAUGCAGCUUUGUUCCUUUCGCCAGAAGAUCGCCGCUUCUGCAUCUUUUCUUUACGUUUUUCCCAUGAUGGAAAAGAAAUUCUUGGGAGUGCCAAUGACGAGUGUAUAUAUGUUUAUGAUCGAGAAUUGAAUAAAAGAUCAUUAAAGGUUAGAUCCCAUGAAGGUGAUGUAAAUGCUAUCGAUUUUGCAGAUGCAACUUCACAGAUUAUUUUCAGUGGAGGGGAUGACGGCUUAUGUAAGGUUUGGGAUAGACGAACUCUGAACGACGAAUAUCCUCAGCCAGUUGGAAUUUUAGCGGGACAUUUAGAUGGGAUAACUUACAUAGAUCCCAAAGGUGAUGGUCGACACUUGAUCACAAACUCUAAGGAUCAGACUGUAAAGUUGUGGGAUAUGAGAGCAUUCUCGCCUUCAGAAACUGUUAAGUACAAGUCAGGUGACAUAGAACUGUGUAUCAUUAAGUACAAGUCAGGUGACACAGAACUAUGUAUCAUUAAGUACAAGUCAGGUGAAACAGAACUAUGUAUCCUUAAGUACAAGUCAGGUGGCACAGAACUAUGUAUCAUUAAGUACAAGUCAGGUGACAUAGAACUGUGUAUCAUUAAGUACAAGUCAGGUGACACAGAACUAUGUAUCAUUAAGUACAAGUCAGUGGCCAACCAUCGGAAAAAAUUAACUGGUGACACAUCCUUGAUGACCUAUCGUGAACACUCUGUCUUCAAAACUCUCAUCCGAUGCCAUUUCUCUCCAGAUUUUACCACCGGUCAACGGUUUAUCUACACGGGUUGUGAAUCAGGAAGUAUAAUUAUUUAUGAUGUUCUGACUGGUAAGACUGUAAAAAUUUUACCUGGACAUCGAGGAUGUGUACGGGAUGUGUCCUGGCAUCCUUUCCGACAGGAACUGGUCAGCACCUCUUGGGAUGGAACUCUACGACGUUGGACGCACAGCAGGAAACUGGUACUAGAUUCUGAUGAUGACAGAGAAUUUGAGAGGACAGGACAUCUUGGAUUGAGGAGGUCUCGAAGAAUUGCUCAGUUAAGGAGGAAACCCCAGACAAGCUAGUGUAUUGUCUGCAUUGACUCCUAUCUAAAACGAGUCUCGUGGUUUGAUAGGAUAACUCGGAGGCUUCCUAUACAUGACCUUAUCUACUGGCUGAGUUAGUGCUACGAAAAUAUGGUGCAAAUUAAGUGAUUUUAAAUGACAAGUAACACUGGAUGAAUAAUUAGACUAAUAUUUUGAAAUAAUUUUGAAUUUACGUAAGAAAAUUACAAACUGUUCCAUAAACGUAAAUAGUGUUGUGGGUUUUAUAUACAUUUUGAAAUGUGUGUUCUGUAAGAUAACUAGUUUUUGUAGAAAUUAUUUUCAACAAAGACAAGUAUGAUGAUGAAACAAUGUUUUUUAUACUAGAAAUUACUCAUUAUUAUAUAUUAUUUGAAAGAUUUUAAUAUUCUUUCCUUGCUGAAUAUUCCUUCUCAGCAAAGACAGAGAUUUUAUUCAAUCCUGUAGUUUUUGUUCUAGAGUUUAAAUGUACGCAGAAAACAAAGCCUUUACCUUCCUGAUGUUAUGAAUGGAUUUUUUCUGUGUGAUUUUUAUUUUAAAUUUUCCAAUUUUGCUGUGGUACGUAGCUUUAUGUGGAGAACUGUGAGAUAUUAGAUAGACAGGUUAUAGCUGUGACGUCGGCAGACUGAAGAGUUAGGAUUAUGCUGAUGAUAAAACAAUAGAUAAUGUACAAAAUUUCUUACUGUUGUCCUACAGUAAUCUAGUGGUUCAUUGAAAGUUGUAUUUCAGAUGGAAAGUUAUUUCUCUGCUCAUACAAUAAGUUUGAAACUAAGGAAACAAUUAGACCUCCAGAUUCAGGUGCACAAGGUGUUUCUGUCAGUUUAUGUUAAAAUUAAUUUAAAAAGACAAAAGCAAAUGAUAACCUUGUUAGAUUUCUAAUGCCGAAAGUUUUCUAUUCCCAUGUCUUAACUUUCGAUUAUUCGCUAACUGCACUUUCACCGUCAAGUAGAAGGUUCCUGAUUCUCCUUACUUGAUCCUGAGGGUAAAAAAUUAAUAAUAACAGAAGAACACCUCUAGAUUCUAUCUUGAGAUGAAUUAAAUCAUCUGUACAGUCUGUUGGGAAGUGUAGAGGGUAAUGUGAAAUAUAUCUGUAAACAGAUAGGAUGUGAAAAUAUUUGUCAGGCAUGUUGUAGCUGUCGUUAAUACACCGUGUAUUUGUUACAGUUUAAAACAGACUUGUCAGGUAUGUUGUAGCUUUCAUUAAUACACCGUGUAUAUGUUACAGUUUAAACAGACUUGUCAGGCAUGUUGUAGCUGUCAUUAAUACACCGUGUAUUUGUUACAGUUUAAAACAGACUUGUCAGGUAUGUUGUAGCUGUCGUUAAUACACCGUGUAUUUGUUACAGUUUAAAACAGACUUGUCAGGUAUGUUGUAGCUGUCGUUAAUACGCCAUGUAUUUGUUACAGUUUAAAACAGACUUGUCAGGUAUGUUGUAGCUGUCGUUAAUACACCGUGUAUUUGUUACAGUAGGAAACAGACUUGUCAGGUAUGUUGUA